CAGGACAGCAUUAUAAUCUGCCUAUGACAGAUUCUUGGGAGCUCAUCCGGAAUCGGAUAGUGAUGCUGUCCAGGGGUUGAUCCUAAAAUCUACUUGCCCACAACUAAUAGACCGAACUAGUGGUUGCAUGCCUGGUGCUGGUACCUGGAUGUGAGCCGUUGCUGUGUUCCUGGGAGCUGCUGGCUGCAGAGAGUAGAUGUGUAGCUGAGACCGGCGCCGUGUGACCUGGUCAAAUAGGGAUGUCACUGUUGUCCCUAUUCUGUUUAAAAACGAUGCAAAAGAGGAGCCAACCCAGUGUAAAGAGCCAAAGUUCCUGGCUAAGGCUGGCUGGGUAAAGAAGGCCCCCGGCAGACUUUUGGCAAGCUACAAGGACCGCUACAUCCAUGUGGAGAAGACAGAGGCUGUAGUGUAUGAAAAUGAGGACCUGCAGAAGUGCUUGGAGAGGCUUGACUUGGAAAACUAUGAUAAAUGUCAUGAACUGAAGAGCCCCUUCAAGAAGAAGCACAGACUGAUAAUGAUCCGAUCAGCCAAGUCUGGAAAUAAGGUCCAUGAUGUGAAGUUCCAGACUCAGACUGCAGAGGAAAAGGAGGCUUGGAUCAAAGCUCUGAGGGAUGGCAUCAAUCGAGCAAAAAACAAAGUCUUUGAUGAGGUGAAGAUUGAUGAAACCAGCAAUUUAGAGCAUGUCACUCGUACAAGGCCCAAAGGGAACCGUAACCGGCGGCCUCCGACCAGGAUACACAUGAAAGAGGUUGCUGAUAUUUCGUCUGAUGGUAUCCUGCGUUUGGAUCUUGAUCUUGAGGAUGCAUUGAUGCCUAAUGGGACCCAUCACACCAGUGUUGAUGGUGCUGAGACCACCAAGGAGGCCAGAGUCCCAACACCUCUGUCCAGUGCCAGUGAAGCUACAGAGAAACAGUCAGAGCCAAGCGCUGAGGAAGAGUCUCAGACUGAGCCAGCGCUCAGUCCCCAGAAAAAGGUCAUCAAACCUCCAAUGCCCCCUACCAAAGAGGCCAAACCCUGUGUAACACCAGAGGAUAAACCUGAUACGGAUGAGGGCAUGGUGAAAAAGGUCCUGAAGCCACCUUUACCUCCUUCUAAAGAAGCCAAGCCCUGUCUUCCAUCUGUUGAAGAAGCUACAGUGGAUGUUAAACUUGAGAAGAUAUCUGAAAGGAGUCCUGAUGCCAAGGCCGGUCCCCCACCAACCCCUCCCAAUAAACCCAGCUCCAACAGUUCCAUGAGCAACAAUGCAGAGGCCUCACAAUCCAGACAAAACUCUCACCCCCCUAUCCCUCCAUCCAAAAAGAAGAAACCUUCCCAUCACCCUGUGGAGCCAGACCAGGAGGUUCAAGACACAACUAAUGAGAAAACUGGUAAAGAAGACAAUAACAAGGAUGUACAGGGAACAGCUGUCGAAACAGAUGAGGCAGAGCAGUUGAUUUCUAAAGAAGCUCUUCCUAGUGUCAGAGAUGAUCAGUCUGAGAGUCCAAGUGCAGCAGAGCAGGUUUCUGAAGAAGAGUCAGAGGAGACCAUAAACAGUGACAUAAACAAGUCAUCUGAUAAUGAACCACUAGCUUCCACAGAGACACUCAGAACGAGCCCUAGUCCUCCUCCAACCUGCAAAAAAGAGCCUGAGAUACUUACCAAGUGUGACAUGAAACACACAGACAAAGAAACUAUAACCGACCAGUGUCCUACAGAAAGAGAAGACCCUACUGCUUUGCUGCAAACAGACCUAGAUACCUCAGGCAGUUCUUCUCAAGCACAAGAGUCACUACCCAAGAGUGGAAUGCCCACAGUAGUAGUGACAGUAAAUGACCCAGUUACUGACAGCCUCAGCCUGAGUCCACUGCUUUCUAACAUGCAUGGGGAGAAGAGAAAGAUGGUGGAGGAGAAGUCCGUAGACAGUGGUCAGCACUCAGAUGAUGAGAGUGAAGGAUUUGGCAGUGAAGACACACUGGCAGCGUCUACUGCUGCAUUGAGAGGAAGCCAUGUUGGUCUGGAUGUGUUGGACGCCAGUGAAGAUGACAUCCAGAUUCCUGUUGAUUUAAGGCAAACACAGGCUGCAGCCAAGGCUCAGGUUAGAUCUAAGGUAUUUCCCUGUCAGCGGCCAGAGUCCACUCCUCCUCUCAAAUCCUCAAGCAAGGCCAGGUCAGCCUCCAGUGGAGAUCUGCUGUCUGAUACUUCAGCCUGUACUCAGCAGGAGAGACAGCAAAUCAAACCUGUGGCUGGAAAUAUUGGGGCUCCUGGUGAUGAUGUCAUGAAACUUGAGGCCGAAGUGGCUCUUGAGAUGGAAAAGACGAGCGGGCUCCUGAGCAGAGUGUCCCAGUCCCAGAGAGGAAGUGAAGAGGAGAGCUUGCCAGAGGAUCUGCUGACCGAGGCCAUGGAAAAGCUGAAGAGGGCUGACAUUGUUCUCAGGGAGGUCCAGAAGCUGAAACUUGCAAAACCUGCAAAUAACUCAAGCAACAGGAAGAGCUGGUGAAGGUCAGUCAUAGCAGAUUGACUUGGCAUUGAUCAUUUGCUAAAUCCUUCUCCUGAACAGUGAUUGUCCAAUAAUCGGUAGAGGUAAUUUGUAGGGUCGUACCUUUGUUCCUAAGAGCAAACAUUGAAGAAAUAGAUGAAACAACCCUAUUAGACUUUAAGUUGACAAUAGCAGCUGUGUCCUGCUCUUUGUGACAAUCCUGCCAGAACAGGACCUGGGACCUCCCUGAUUGGGACCAGCAUCUAUUUGAUAGUGCCUUGCAUUAUUAUCUCUCCUGUCCUUCGUUCAUUUCUUACUGAAAUUUCUCAAAAUAAAUCAUUUUGGCCUAUUUUGCAGCCAUUUUAAAUCUGACUUUUAAAGGAGCGAGAGGGAGCGGUCAGUGAUGCCAGAAACAUAAAUAAAACUGUGACUUUGGUGCAUGAAAUGCGAACUAAACUGGCAUGUGAUUCACUGUUUUUAGUGUCUAAAUAUUUUGGCCUAUGAUGUCUGUAAACCCUGCAACUAAGUGGCUGUUUGUGCUGUAAUAUGAUGAAAUGAGUAGCCUACAGUUGAUUUAAGAUGCUUGUGCGUAGGUGCAAAUCUGCAACGCUGUCCAUAGUGCUGAAAUGGAUCAAAGGUGAGUGAUCUGUCAGGCCACUUCAAUUCAAAAUCCCACCAUUGUGGCCACAAACACAGGGGAGACGAGCCAACGGGGAGGUGAAGGGACAGUUCGGAAGAUAGAAUAGAGUGAGAGAGAGUGUGCAAACUGUAAUGUUAAUCAGCUGUCACUUCACACCUCUCCCUGCUGAUUUUGGUUGAUUUGAACAGAACCAGCAAUUUCUCAGUCAUCUCAUGGAGCUAGAGAUAACCUCUUUACCUAACUGAUUAACAGGGUCAGCUAAGAAUGAGAAGCUGCUUUUGUCUUCCUCUGUCUGAAAUCAACAACUACAGGUUAAAAAAUCGUUCAGAAUUUUGAAGGGUAAAUUUGACAUAUUAUUAUGUUAUUAUAAUAUAUAUGUGUAUAUAGCAUAUGUGCUGUUACAGAAUGGAAAGCCUUACAGGUAGCAAUAUGUCUUCAGGGAUAAGGGUUUAGCAAAAUGGUCAAUUGAUGGAUGGCAGUCUGUUUUUUAAAGGUUAUGCAGCACAUGCAGCUUCUUGCUCAGAAUGAAGUAAGUGCAAUUUUAACUUUCUAUGCAGCUGAAAGGAAUGCUAAAAGUUCUACUGUGUAUUUUUUGUUGUAUAUUAAAUAUCAGAUAUUUUCAAGAAUAAUUUCUUGAAAGCUAACUCAAGAAUUAAUAUUAUUUUGACAAAGUACUGUCAGAACAGGCAAAAAGUACUAAAAGUCUUAAUUCCAGAUUACACAGCUAUUAUAAUAGUUUACUUUGUUGAUUCAAGAGGCUUUUUUCCUGUGAAACCUGUUUUUGCUUCAGUUUAGAUGAGGGAAAUUAUGCUGUGCAGACAUAAGUCUUUACCACAGCAUACGCAUGUACCAACAUGGCUCAGGAAUUCUCUGCAAAUAAUCUUGUAAAACUAAUCACAUAAUUAAAACAAAAUGAACACCUGCUACUUCACAUAGAUUGCAGUUCUGUAAUCAAUAUGUUUUUUUUAUACUGAUAUUGUACAUAUCACAAAACAAAGAUAAUGCAGCAGCCUGUUUAGCUCUCAAUAGCCCCUCUUGCAAUUUGUGCACGUCAGUGGUAACCUGAUGUACCAGAUGAUUUUUUAACACAGGACCAUUUCGGAAGUUAUUGGACAACUGGUGUUGUCCCUCAAUUGGGAACUGGAAUUGGACAGGCCAUUUAAAAGUUACCUUGCAGGUGAUUUGACGAACCAUCCAUGUUGAUCGAGGGCUAAUUUCAACCAAUCACAUUAACAGUGGGUGUACUCAACCAGAGACUUUUGGUGAGUAAAACUCUUGCCAAAACCAGUCAGGAGAGACGAAAUAUCUUUUUCAGCAAGGGACACCUCCAGUGCAAUCCAUUGCUCCUCCUCCAAUUAAGAAAUAUUCCCCAGUUCUGUCAUAACUGGUGCAUUACAGCAUCUCCACUAACAACUUUAGGAGACUCCAGUGUUGGAGGCUCUUGUGCAUCUUGUCUCUCCUGGUGUCUGGUUGUCACAAUGCCUGAUUGGUCCAGACAACUGUGGCUUGGCCACAAGUGUAUAGCCUGAAGCCUGGUCAGAUGGAUCCGUGAGAUCACACGAUAAACUGAUCACAACAUCCAGCUCCCUCACCAGUUACAUCAGCAAUGUUACUCUGAAUUGGAAUCAUGAACUCUGAAGAAUUUCAGAAUUGUCUAGUGCUUUGAUAAAGGAUAUAUUGGCAGUUUAAGACUAUUUUGUAUAUGCUGCGCCAUUGUAUGUAAGAUUGUUUUCUAACAUUGGAUCUAAUUUUCUACUUUUGUGAUAACAUUUUCUAAUUCCCAAAUAAACAAAUCAAAACUA